AUGUCGGAAGAGCAUUCUCUUCGUCUUGUGAACGCUGAACCAAGAGGAGCCGAGAAAGCCAGCGAACACACUUACACUCCAGACCAAGAAUCCAUCGAUCAACGAUUGAAGCGACUUAGAGAUCAAGUCCUUCCAGUAUACCCGUUUCUCCUUACUGUUCCGACUGAUGUACCUUUCCGUCUUGGAGGUCGGUUUGUCAACAACUGGGCAGUGAGUAAUGACGGUCCGUUCACGCCAGAGGAGCAACAACUUCAAUAUAUGACUUUCUUGACUCAUCACGACGGUGACUCGCUUUUAGCCGCUGUUGGGAAUUGGUCGGACGGUGCAGGGAACGUCAUGUCUGAUCAGCAAUCUGGGCCCCAGAGUGCGGCGAGCACACCAUCUUAUAAUUCCCUAAAGAAGAAGAUAAGCUUGAAUGAUUAUAAGAACAGGAGAAAAUCAGGAGUCACUUCCGGUUCACCCAUCAAUCGAGAAGCUCAAUCCCAGUCGUCAUCUGCUCCAGUGCUCAAUGGAGGCCAAUCGAUCAUCAAAGCUAGUGGUUUCGUUGAUGUUGUACAGGGACCCGCAGAGAAGGUGGCUCCAGCCAACUUGCAAUCCUCAUCCGGUGACAAGAACAUGAAUCGCAAACGUCGGUUUGAAGUUGAUCAUGAGCCAGUGAAGACAGCUGAAAAGGAAUUUGUCUCCUUGAAACGAACCAAAUUGUCUCCUGAUCCUUCAGUAGAGCCCAUUAAAGUGGGACGAGCGCGAAGCAAUGGGCUUCCUGCACUCUUAUCACCGACUUUACCUCCAGUCUCAAGCAGCCCAAGACUACCUCGACUUCUAUCUCCGACACUUCCGCCGGACAUAGAGAAAGAGUUAUCGAUGCAAAAUGUGGAUUUUGUGUCCAUAGGCUCUUUGCAGCAUCCAAGUGUGUCGAAUAUUGAUACCUCAAACAUUCCCAGAGUCAAAUCUACUGUGCGUGGCUCUAGUCACUUGCGCUUGUCGCCUGCUCCUAGCCGGCAGAGUAAAUCCUUGAAUUCUGGAUUCAUCAAAAGAUCGAGCGCCAGUCAAGAUCACUCGGACGUUGAUUCAUCCAAAUCUACAAAAGGCGGCUCCUUCAACAUACCCAAGGACGUGGUUGAGAACUUACUGAGUCCGCGAUCAAGUUACCACUCAAACCAUACCCGAACGAAGUUUCUUGUCAGGUUGAAGUAUGGCAGAGCGAACAGGAAGCGGGUUGAAGCGCUUUUGAAGUUCUCCGGUAAGAGGAAGAUAGGCGCACCAGCAUCACCCGUAAAAAGUGCUGAGAUUUCUCAUGCCCCGGUGCCUGAACAAGCUGUAGCGAAGGCUAUAACAUCUAACCAUGCAGAGAGCGGCAACAAGUUGGCGCGGAAUGCGAUUAAGACCAAGCCUGGGGGGGCCAAAAUGUCUUCCAACGAAUUCACCAAAGAGUCGAAAGCUUCCAGUAUCACCGACCAGCCCCAGUCCUCGAAAUUCACGAGUUCGCAUGACGCACAGCCCCUGCAGGAUAGAUCAAAACAGAUGCAGAUAGCGUUAGGCAGGAGUUCAGCUCAAACCAUAGGAGGCACUGGCGGGCGGAAUCCCCCACAGUCAGGUGUGAAACACCUAGUGGACUUGACAACACCUACCAAGCUACCGUCCCCUCAACAGAGCAGCGUCACAUCCCGGCAAUGUGAGCGUCGGGCGUGGAAGGAUGAAUACCAAAAAUACGGGUCCCUUGGCCGGGAACUAAAGCAUGCCGCUGAGCGCCACACAGCGAAAGAUAACGUGACUGCCGUCAAUGAAAAGCUUGCAGUUGCCACAGCCGUAGAAGCUAUAAUAUGCUUCAUCCUGGCUUUCGUCGCGGAUGACCAUUCCAAGGCUUUGACUCGUCAAAUUGCUGAUUCUUCUUCAUGGUUAUCUAUCCUUGCAUAUUGGCGCGUGGUAAAGAAAAACAGCUCUCCAUAUCCUCGGCUGCAUAGCCUAUGUCUUAUUCUUGGGGCUAUUUCGUACGAUGCAAUUCACGCACUUGAUCUGGAACGCCUCGCGACCACGGCGCUGCCUGAAGAACAUAUAAAUGCUCCCACGUCAGCCAGCGAGAUAACUUCGACUGUAUUUGAUGAGUAUAAGAAAGCCCGAAAGGAAUUCUACGAGCUGAAGCAGCGAUUGCUUGAGUGUUACCGGGAAUCUCAGAAAUUAUGGCUAGAAGGCUCACGCGGCCUUUCUGAGGACAUUCUCGCUAGUGAAUUUCCUACAAGCACGCCUUCAGAGAUUAUUAGCUUCAGUUGUGCAAUCCUGAGAGAGUGGUGCACAAAGGAAGGCAUUGGUUGGAGCAGUAAGCUUGAUGUUUAA